AUGGCCCCUCAUAUCCAUACAAUGUCUACCAUCCAAAGCGCAGAACAUCCCACUGACCCGGACUCCAAGCCCAUGAAGAAGAUGGCCGUGUCGGAGAAAGGGUCCGAGAAGCGCGACUCCAUGGACAGCGGAUCAAUGCAAUCGACCUACGACCACACCCACCGCAAGCUCAAAACCCGCCAUGUGCAGCUCAUCGGCAUUGGCGGGACCAUCGGCACGGCCCUGUACGUCCAGAUCGGCUCCAAUCUGCGCACCAGCGGCCCCGCCAGUUUGUUUAUCGGCUUCAGUCUCUGGAGCUGUGUGAUCUUGAUCAUCACCGUCUGUCUGGCGGAAAUGGUCACCUACCUUCCAAUCUCUUCUCCCUUCAUUCGCUUCGCCGGCCGCUAUGUCGAUGAAGCCCUAGGCGUCGCAGCAGGUUACAACUUCUUUAUCUUCGAGGCUGCAUUGGUGCCAUUUGAAAUCGUCGCCGUCAGUCUGAUCAUCAGAUACUGGACUGACGCGAUUCCCGUGGCCGCAAUGAACGUAAUCGUUUUGGUACUUUAUGGAGCACUCAAUCUAUUUGCCGUCAAAUGGUACGGCGAAGCAGAGUUUUGGCUCUCGCUAGGUAAAGUCCUGCUGAGCAUCGGUCUGAUCUUCUACACUUUCAUCGUCAUGGUAGGCGGGAAUCCCCUUGGAGACCGCUUUGGCUUCAGAUACUGGAAUGAGCCUGGCGCCUUCAAUGAAUAUUACAAGACUGGGGAUACGGGCCGCUGGCUGGGCGUUCUGGCUGCUGUCAUUGCGGCCAGUUUCACCAUCGCUGGUCCGGACUAUGUCUCCAUGGCAGCUGGCGAGACUAUCAAUCCGCGCAGGGUGCUCCCCCGAGCUUUCAACGGGGUCUUUUACCGCUUGACGGCCUUCUUCGUGCUGGGCGUUUUGUGUGUGGGCAUCUUGGUCCCGUAUAACGACAAGACCAUGGCCGAUGCCUUUGACAGCGAUAAACCCGGUGCGGCGGCCUCGCCCUAUGUGAUUUCAAUGGAUCGGCUCAAUAUCCCUAUCCUCCCGCAUAUUGUGAAUGCCGUCGUUCUGACGGCUUCCUUCAGCGCUGGGAACAGUUACAUGUACUGCGCCAGUCGCAGUCUCUAUGGUCUUGCAUUGGAAGGGAAAGCUCCCAAGGUCUUGACUAAAUGCACCAGCCGUGGCGUCCCAAUCUACUGCGUCUGCAUCGUCCUUGUCUUCGCACUGCUGAGCUUCUUGCAAGUCUCUAACAAUGCAGCUAUCGUGUUGAACUGGUUUGUCAACUUGGUCACCGCUUCCCAACUCAUCAACUUCUCCGUCGUGACGUUUACCUUCAUUCGCUUUAAGAAAGCCCUCGACGCCCAGGGCAUCUCUCGAGACACACUCCCCUAUAAAAGCUGGUUCCAGCCGUACAUUGCUUAUGUCGCGUGUACCUGCACCACCAUCAUGGCGUUCGUGGGUGGCUAUACCGUCUUCUUGCCGGGUAAUUGGUCUAUCCCGACAUUCCUCUUCUCGUACACGAUGAUCGGGGUCUUCCCGAUUCUAUAUUUCAGUUGGAAAUUCUACCACAAGACCAAAUUCCUGAAACCAGAGGAAGUUGACUUGGUCUCGGGUGUUGUGGAGAUCGAGGAGUAUACGAGGGACUUUGUUACUCCGCCGCCAAAGUAA